AUGGGUGACAGUAAGGCAGCACUGCCAAAGUCCGCCAUCAUUUGGUUGGCAGUUUGGUGUGCACUUGGCUUAGCGUUGCCAAGAUCGGCCGGUCAACAGAACAACAACUUCUACUUUGCGCAAUCGCAGGGCCGGUUUGUGCCAUCGUUCGAGAACCCACGGAACGGUUUCUUCCCGUCGGCACUUCAGCGCCAACAGCCGCCACCGGACUCUUACCAGGAACAAACACUGUUCGUCAACAGCAACAACGUGGACCGGGGCAACGGGGCCAGCGAUGGAACGGCCGGUUCCCGCGGUAUCACACCGUCCUACUAUCAGUUCACGUAUACGACCCCACGGAGUGCGGAUAUUUUCGAAAUAUCACCACGACCCUUUUCCGCAACGCCGUCCUCGAACGCCGGCUUCCAGUACUCGCGCAGUCCACCGAGGAGUGAUUUCUUCUCCAAUGGACUCACGGCCAGUCGGAGCUUCCCGGCUACGAACCGCCAGCUAGCGAGCAGCUCGCAGCGCAAAAGUCCGUUCAGCAGCAGCUCGUCCGGUGGGUUCCCGGAGCUGGCCACCACCGAAACGCCCCAGCGUCCACCGCCACCAGCACCCGCCCCAUCAUCCGAAUCCUCAUCCGUACGCGACCGUCAGCUAUCGUACAUCUCGAACCGUGCCCGACCAUUCGCGAGCGAAGAUCAGCAGCAACAGCCACCAACUCGUGCCUCAACCUAUCAGGCGGCAUCCCAGCAACGGCAGCAGCUACCACGCAGCCCAUCGACGUCGGCGUCCAGCGGUACGCGGAACAGCUUCACGAGUUCUAGAUCAAAACCGGCCGAUAGUGUAGCAUCGAGUGGCAGCGCCGGUCGUUCGCAGUCUGCCCAGAAUGGUACCACGAAUGGGCGCUUUGCUGGAACCAGUGGCACCCAGAACAGUCGUACUACUGCACGCCCGAAUCGCUAUCGAUCGAUACCGACCACGACGACGACGACCGAGGCAGCAACGGAGCGAACUACCACGGUGGACAGUGUGGCCGUGCGGAAUCGAUUCAGUGGCAGGACGCCAGCACCAAAUCCCUUCCGACAAACGUUUGAAGCAAAGCGUGUGCCCACCGCAAAUAGCGCCAUCGCGACGCGUGGAUCCUUCCCGAGCGCAAGCAAACUAAAAACGACAACUAGCACCACAACGACCACCACGACGACGGCUAAGGUGCCGGUACUGUCACGCUUCAUCCAUCAGCCCGCCAAACCGAUCAUACCGAGCAUCAACAUCACGCACAACGGAUCGGCCAAGUCGGCCGAAGUCAUCUACGACUACGACGAUUACGAAGAGUCCAAAGAAUCGACCGGGUUUGACGGUGACAAGCAGCAGGAAAUAAACGAUUUUCAACCCGUAACACCGGCAACGAAGAACAACUCGAUCGUGCCGACGAGUGCGGUGCACGAACAAAAGCUUGCCCCAGGCACGUCACUCGUUCCAAACGUGGGCGUUUCCGCUACAUCACCCGCCGGUACUGGAAAAUCUGUACUGGAAGAUCCGGACGGCCGGUUAAACAAUAUCAGCGAGAAUGAAUACUACGAUACGGUGCGAGAGUCUGAAACAGCUCCAGGAGAUUCGGUUGGCGUUGAAGAUCAUACGGUGAUUUUGACGGACAACUUCUACCUACCGAACGGUGGAUCAGAGGAAACGUUCGAGGACGAAGACGAGGAACCGGAAGGUUUGCAGCGGGAAAUAAAUAGUACGGCUGAGCUGGGUGUGGAACAGCAGGAAAAACUUUACGACGAUGAGUACGUGUACGAGGAUGAAGAACCCAUCACAACAACAUUGCGUCCAACGGCUAAGACAAUGGCUGUUCCACCGUCCGGUGUAUCGGAACCGCUGGAUGAUUCUGCGGCAGAUAUGUUACAGUUUUCGGACGAAGAUGUGAAGGAAGAUAGUGCGAAUGGAAAACUAUCUGCGGCCGCCGGUGGAACGCAAGAAACCCUACCCGAGGGCACACCGUCAACAGCCGCAUCUACAGCCCGCACAGAAUCCACAACCGAAUCGUCCCUUUCAACGACGGAACGUGUUGCGAGCUCGAGUGAAGCGGAUGCCGCUACUAAUGCUACGACGGAAAGUUGGGUAGUGGUGGCAUCUGUCCAGACGAGCCGUAGCGUAUCGGGUGCAAGAUUUUUGCCCUUCCCGCAGGUCGAACAGGAAGAGAAGAAGCAACCGUUGGCGGAGCUCGAAUCGAAGGGAAGCAAUGAAACUGAUGAUAUCGAUGUUACCACGGCAAGCGGCAUUAGUGAAGAAACGGAUGGCGUUACCACGAUUGCCCCACAGGAACCGGUCAUCGCGGUGACGGAUGAGGUGGAUGCGGUGACGACGGAGAAAACGCUGCUCUCCCAGUCCACCGAGAGCAUUAUCGAUAAGUUAGAUCGUGUACAGUCGGAGCUAUCCAGUGGGCUGUUUGCCGGUAAGUUCCCGGUGCUGAAGGAUCCUGCCGCUGAAGAUCAGAAAGCUUCCAGCUCGACCGCAUUGCCACCGGUGGUGAUCCGAAAGUUCCAACCAAAUGCACGUGCCACAACGACGAAAAAGCCCCGUCCUGGGUUGACGACCACCGUUAAGCCUACCACAACUACCGAUAGCUUGGUGAAGAAGAUCAAGUUUGAAACGAUCGACGACAUAUCAGCGCUACUGCCACCGGAUUACAAAGCAAAGGCAGGAUUCAAGCUUAAAAAACCUAACCCUCCCGGUGAAACGGUACCAGCUGCGGUGAAUGAUGCUCCAUUAGACGUGGAGUCGGCGAAGGCUGAGUUGGGCAAUCGAUUCCGCAGUGCCAAUAUUAGCCGUUCGUACAAGAGCAAUGUGCCGAUCCAGGAGCUUAGCUCACUGCUGCCCAAAGAUUACAAGCUUAACCGCACCGAGGAGGACAUAAAGAACACGAACAAUCUUAAGGAGCUCAUCAGUAAGGUGAAGGUGAACGAAAAGCUCAACCCUGCGCUGGAUCUGCUUAAGAAAGCCCAAAAGGUAGACGUGAGUGCUUUCCUACCGCCUGGAUACAAGCCGGAAAGUAAAUCCGAGGCUACGACACCGGCUGCUAAGGUACUCCCAAUCUCAGUGGAGGACGAUGUAAGCAAGUUUCUGCCACCGGGUUACAAAACGUUCAAGACUACCAAGAAACCUACCACACCGGCACCAGUAACGGUUAAGGAUGAUAUUAGCAAAUUUUUACCCCCCGGGUACAAACCCCCGAAAGAGUCGUCCGGAGACAGCACAUCAGAGCGACCGAAGGUUGUGUUCAGCGAAGACGUUAGUAAGCUGCUUCCACCCGGCUACAAACCACCAGCCGAUGAGGACGCAAAACUCGAAGCGGAAGUGAUCGAUCCGAGCACUUUGUUGAAAAAGAUCCAGUUUAAGGAUGUGUCGGCAUUGCUCCCGCCAGGCUUUAAUGCAAGCAAAGCCGAGGAACCGGCGAGUACGGUUGCAACGGCUUCGGCUGGCAGUGGUUUUAAGGUAGUGUUCCCAAGUCGUCCAGGAGCGAAGAAACCACUUCCUGGCGGCGGUGGUGCAGUUCGUGCCACAACAGCUAAGCCACUGCAUGCGGAAGGUCCGGUAGUGCCUGAGAUUCACAUCCGCAAGGGACCACCGACACGGGCAACGACUGAGUUUACCGGAUGGCCGACACCAUCAACUACGCCGCUUUCGAUCGAGAAGUUGCUGGAGCAGCAAAAACAGCAGGAACUGCUUGAAAAACUGCUGGCAGCAUCGAGCAGCACAAGCACAUCUACUACGACUACGACGACGACUACAACUACCACCACAACGCCUAGACCAACGGAACCAGGUCUCUGUCACUCGGAGUGUGAUCUGGCGGGCACGAUACGUAUUGUGGACGGUGUAAACUGGGUACCGGAGCUACUGGAUCACAAUACGGCCGAAUGGAAAAAGUUGGCCCGUGAGGUCGAAACGGAACUGAACGAGGUGUACAGUAAGGCGAAGAACCUGAGCAAAUGGUACAAGAAGGUGCGCAUCGAUAGCUUCAACAAGGGUAGUGUGUUGGUGGACUAUUUUGUCGAAUUGACGGACUUGACGCGUGAUGUAAACACGCUCGAGAUCAGGAAGAUGUUCCACGAAGCACUUGUACCGGUACCGGAAACAACGACACCGACCACAACCACGACGACCGGUGCGGAUGAUUAUGACGGAGAGCGAGAGGAUGAGGAAACCAAAGCAGAUAAGGAACCGUUGGUAGUUCAGCGUGAAAAUUUGCAAGUACCAGCACAGCGUGUGAAGGAAGUGUUCCAGCUAGGAAAGUUCCGGGUCGAUCCUGUGUAUACCGAUUUUACAGUUAUUCCGAAACCAAUUGUUGCUACUGGACCAGCGAUUGAGGACGAUCUGUUCCUACCACAGUGGGCUAUCGCUGUGAUUGUGAUCGGCUUGGCGUCGUUGCUCUUCGUUAUCCUUUUCGGUGUCACUGUGCUUAUCAACCGCCAAAAGGCCGCCAAAAAGAAGGCACCAACGCCACUUACCGCUGACAUGCUGAACGAGCUGAACAAGAACCAUAUGGGAGGUAUCGAAAACUUUGGUUCCGAGGAUCUCUACAAUUUGGACGAUGCAUGGGACGAUCGUAUGCACGAUGUGAAGCCAAAGCGAUUCUCGAACUCGAUGCACGGUAGCAGCGCUUCGAACAUCUACGACAGCUGGCGAUCACAACGCCAUCCGGAGAACUACUUCUACGAUGACUACGGUCUGAAGGGAUCGCAUUAUCCGCCGAGCGGGCACCACCAUCGGUUACACGAUCCGGCGUUCAUGAUGCACGAGCCACCGCCACCGGUGAUGGCGAUGUAUCCACCGUACCACCAUGCACCACCGCCACCCAACAGUCACCACUUUAGUAACAGCUCGCGACGGUACUAUCGGGACUAUGAUCCGAACUUCUGAGCUUGGCUGCCGUUGCCAUAGGAGAAAUAAAAUGCGCGUGUGCGUGAGUCUGUU